AUUUCACUAUAAAUACCCCACAAACAAACGUAGAUCAUACACACACAGUACACACAAAGAGCAAAGUUUCAUUUCAUACAUAGAAUAAUUCUCUGCAACUUAAUUCUAAUAUUCUGUUCAACAAUGGCGGGCAGGCAAACGAGGGGGCGACAGAGAAUCCCGAUCAGGCUGAUCGAAAACCAGGACGAUCUGUACGCCACCUUCUCGAAGCGGCGAUUGGGGCUUUAUAAGAAGGCAAGCGAGCUGAGCACGCUUUGUGGUGUGGACAUUGGUAUAAUUAUCUUCUCCCCUACCGACAACCCUUUCUCCUUCUUCCAUCCGUCGAUGGAGUCGGUCAUCGACCGAUUCCGGAACCCCAACCAGCCCCUCAGCGACUACGCUCGGGUGGUUGAGGCUCACACACGCGCCCGGAUCGAUAACCUGAACCGGCGCCUAGACGAGAUCCAUGAGGAGAAGGACCGCCUCAAGGAGAGGGAGAAGGAGCUCGACGAAAUCGACCGGAAUCGGCCGAAAGGGUGGUGGGAGGAUACCCCGAUCGAGAGCCUCUCGCCGGAACAGGUCCUGGAAUGGAAGGCGUGGUUUCGCGCCUUCAAAGUUAAAAUCCAGAACCGGAUCUCGGAGCUCAACAAUGGAGCUUCCACUUCCGGCGCCGGCGCCGCCGCCGCGGCGGAUGCGGCGGCGGCGGCGGUGCCACCUCCGACGACUGGAGGCGAGAUAGUUCCGGGCAUGUUUGCUCAGAACUACGACUUCCCUCCGGGGCCGUCGUCGUCGUCUUACUCUCCGGUGGCAUUCGGGGAUCACCAGUUUGCCACCACACAGUACUACGAUGCGCCGCCGUACGCUUCGGGCGGUGCGAGUGGAAGCGGCAGCGGCGGCGGCGGAGGACAGUACUUUGUUACUCAGGCGGGGGAGGGGCCGUCUGGUAGUUGCAGCGGGCAGUUUUCUGUCCCGUACAAUUUUGGUGCUCCUACAUUUGGAGCGGAGGGUUCGUCGGCGGCGGCGGCGGCGGGGGCUGGAGGAAGUGCCGGUGGUGGCCAGUUUCCUCCGAUGCAGUACAAUUAUUUUACACCACCACCGCCGCAACAACCGGAUCUUGAUAAUCAGAAUCAGGAUCCGACAUCAGCUACUGUAGGAGAAUAUUCCAUACAGUAUAAUUAUAUUCCCCGGUGGGGGCAGGAUCCAUCUUCUGGUGGAGGAGCCGGUCCUUCCCACCGUGGGAAUAUUUAG